GAUCGCAGGGAGCCGCCGCCCGGCGGGGCGUGGAGAGAAGUGGCAGAGCCCUCGGGACGCCGGGAGCGAGCGGCGGAGCUGCCGAACUCCGCGGACUCUCCAUGGAGGAGGAGGGCGCCAAGGAAGGAGGCGAGAAGCCUCGGGGCGCGCGGAUGGCGGACAAGGCUGGCUGGAUCAAGAAGAGCAGCGGGGGCCUCCUGGGCCUCUGGAAAGACCGCUACCUGCUCCUGUGCCAGGCCCAGCUGCUGGUCUACGAGAACGAGGACGAGCAGAAGUGCGUGGAGACAGUGGAGCUGGGCAGCUAUGAGAAGUGCCAGGACCUUCGCGCCCUCCUCAAGCGGAAACACCGCUUUAUCCUGCUGCGAUCCCCAGGGAACAAGGUCAGCGACAUCAAAUUCCAGGCACCCAGCGGGGAGGAGAAGGAGUCCUGGAUCAGAGCCCUCAACGAAGGCAUCAACCGGGGCAAGAACAAGGCUUUUGACGAGGUAAAAAUAGACAAGAGCUGUGCCCUGGAACAUGUGACGCGUGACCGGGUCCGGGGAGGCCAGAAGCGCCGGCCACCGACCAGAGUCCACUUGAAGGAGGUGGCCAGCGCAGCCUCGGAUGGGCUUUUGCGCCUGGACCUCGAUGUUCCGGACAGCGGGCCUCCAGGGUUUGCCUCUAGCAAUGAUGUCAGCGAGAGCCAGCCCCGGGACACAGCGCGGCCCCUCAUGCCUCCCACACCUCCCACCAAGCCUUCCCCAGCACCUGAGCCCAGCAGCCUCAGGGAGCCGGUCGAGACGCCUGUGGCGGAGAGGGCCCCAAGCCCUGAUCCAGCAAGCGCUGAGGCCCAGCCUGAGAGCCAGGAGGACUCGGAGACCCCAGAAGUGGGGGAUGGUGGCCCCAAGCAGCUGCCCAGCAGCGUCCUGCCUGACAAACUGACUGUGAGCUGGGAGAACCCCAGCCCGGAGCAGCCACCCGCCCCAGAGAGUGCAGAACCGGCUCGGGUGCCCUGCUCGGAGACCUCGGAGGCUGCCCCCAGGGAGCGGGGGGAGCCCCCGGCGCCCCCACCCAAGAUCCUGUCGGAGAAACUGAAAGCCUGCAUGAGUAGGUCCCCAGCUUCCAGUCCAGCCCACGGUCCUGGAGCCCCUGAGGCCCCUGCCCCAGGCCCGGAGCAGGUCUCUGUGAACGGUGUGGAUGACGGUCCUGAGCCCACCAAGCCAUCCCAGGUCCCGGGCACCCCUGGGACUCCCCGAAAGGAUGUGCCAGUGUCCACAGCACCACACCCCUGGGACCUGCCGCCUCAGUCCCACCCCCGCUGCUCAUCUCUUGGGGACCUGCUGGGGGACGGCCCCCGGCGUCCACGGCAGCCCCGGGAACGGCUGUAUCGGGCCCAGCUGGAGGUGAAGGUGGCUUCCGAGGAGACCGAGAAACUGCUGACCAAGAUGCUGAGCAGCGAGCCAGCCCCUGCGAGCGCCGAGACUCUGCUCAGCCAGGCUGUGGAGCAGCUGAGGCAGGCCACCCAGGUCCUGCAGGAAAUGCGAGAUUUGGGAGAGCUGGACCAGGAGGCCCCGGGGCUGAGGGAGAAGCGGAAGGAGCUGGUGACCCUGUACAGGAGAAGUGCGCCCUAGGGCCUGCCGACCGCCCCACGCAUCACAGCCCAGCCCCGCCGAGAAUGUGCUACUGCUCAGGCUGCCGAGGGGCCGCUGGGCAGGUCCGAGGAGACUCCUGGUGUCCCACCUGCCCUGGCCAGUGUGCCAGCCACCACCCGGGGCCACCUCCUGGCCACCUGGCCUGGCCUCCAGCCUCUGGGGUUUGGGCUUGGCUGGGAACACACCUCAGGCCCUGCAGGGUUGUUACAGACUGGGGUUCCUGGGAGUGACGUCAUCUCUGUCCCCAGCCCCAGAAGUUUACAUUCCUUGAAGCCUGUCCUGAGACGCUGCAGAGGCCUUGGGGCCAGGCUGCGGGUUCAUCCUUCAGCUGGGUGAAACCUGGGAGCUGGCGGGCUUGUCCCGCGGCAGGUGCGCGGCCCCUCUCUGGGUUCGCGUUCUCUGGAAAGCGAGGGCAUUACCUGCAGCCUCUCCCACUCUGCGGAGCGUGACUGCGGGGCAGUCUGGGGGGUGCCAGGGUGGAAGGGGAGCUCAGAAACUUCCCUUAGUCUCGUCUCUGCCUUGGGCCCAGCUUGUGCAAGCCUUGCACACUCCUGGAAGUGAGCCCCACAGAGGCCAUGAGAAAUCAGGCCUCAGAAGUGAUGUUACCGUAGCUGGGAUUUGUCUGGGUCUCUGUGGCUUUUCCUGAGCCCAAACAGGUUCAGGAUCCCGGUCAUUUCUCCCAGUGACGAUGGGAGCGUGUGGGAGUCUGAAGCCGCUUCCCACUCCCCCAUCCCACGCCACAUGGGCUGCACCGUUUUAACUCCCUGGCAAGAGCAUUUUCUCCUCCCCUUCCUUGGUCCAUCUCGGCACCCUGCCCCUGCCUCCGUGGCCCCGACUGCAGGAGCACAUGUGGCCUCCAUCCUGCUGCUGCAGCUGGACUGAGGGCAGAGCUCGCAGGUGCAGAGGCCCUGCAGGUCGGAGGGUUGGGUCUGGCUUCCCAGGCCUCACCGUCCCCCCUCCCCGGGAUGCGGGGCUGGGGUGGGGGUGGGAGCAGCUUCCGGCAGGAGAUUCCUGCUUGUGCACUUUUGUUUACGGAAAGGGAAGGGAGGGUGGCAGCAGCAUGCCCUGGCCUUUCUGCCCCCUGCCGCCCGCCCUCCGCGGGCCACCAGCCGUGCCCACUGACGCUGACCAGUGCAGUCGACACCCUCGUUACUGUCCUGUCACUUCGUUCUUGAGGGUGGUGGGCAGAGGUGCAGGGUCCACUCUGUGGUCUGCCCUGGGCAAGGCAGGGGCGAGCAGCAGUGCUGCAGCUCCGGAGCCCCCGCUGGCCUCUCCGAACCACACUCCCUGGACCCGUUGGGCUCCCACGCCACUGUCUGCCUCUCUCUCCACCUGUCUCCAGCGCAGGGGCAACAGUGUCAUCAGGUGCCUGCAGUCACGUGUCCCUGCCACCUUCCCCUGGGGAGCAGCCUUCCCUCCCCAGCCGCCGGGCUGGCUGGGGCUUUAGCCAACACACCUGCUUCCAGGAUGUGGAGGCUGAGUCUCCUACUGUGUCAGGUGACCAGUGGGCCGUGCCACCAGUUCCCAUGGCUGGGCAGCCUGGGCCCCGGGGACGUGCCAGUUCUAGUGAGGGGGCAGAGGGGCGGGAGUCCGCAGGGGCUGCUGUGUUGUCCUGGGGCAGGAUGGCAUCCAGGGUCGUCCGCCUCUGAAGUCUUUCUCGAAGUUUGGCAAUAAAUCCCUUUUUAUGGAA